AACCAGCAAAUAUUACUUUGAUAGAGAGAGAGAGAGAAACAACAGCAUGAUUCUUGGCGUAUAAACUCAGAAUCCAAAACCAGAAACAAACCCUACACAAUCUCUCUCUCUCUCUCUCCAUCUAUAUAAGCGAAAUUGAAGCUUAAAAUUCUCAAUCCAAUUCAUGCGUUUCAGUUCAAGCGCAAUCAUCUACCAUGAGCAACAUCCCUAGAUCUCUCACCGAUUCCGCCCUAACCACCUUCAAACUCGCCGUCUCCGCUUCCGAUCCCUGGCCUUUCUCUAUCUAGCAUCCGUCGAUUCGUCUCUGCAUCUAAUUUCGCGCAUCGAUUUGGUUAAAAUUGAAUCAAUUUCACAUCGAUUUGGUUAAAUUGGAUCCCGAAAACAUGCCGCACAUUCACUUCCACCACCACCAGGGGCGGCGGAGCAUUCCGAAGGGGUAUCUGGCGGUGAUGGUGGGGCAGGGCGGGGAGCAGCAGCGGUUUGUGAUUCCGGUGAUGUAUGUGAACCACCCGCUGUUCAUGCAGCUGCUCAAGGCGUCGGAGGAGGAGUACGGCUUCGAUCAGAAAGGUCCGAUCAACAUCCCCUGCCACGUGGAGGAGUUCCGCCACGUCCGAUGCCUGAUCGACAAGGAGACUGCGGAGCACCACGGCCACCACCACCUCCACGGCCACGGCCACGGCCACCACCACCAGUUUUUGUGCUUCAAGGCGUGAUGAAAUUAAUGGCGGUUGGAGUUAUUGUUAGGUGAUUUUUAAAUUUGAUGCUUUUGUAAAAUCAAAACUCGUUUUAUUUGGCUCUUGCUUUUAAUUUGACUUGAAUUUGCGUGA